GCAAUUCUCCUCCUCACGCCUAAAGGGCAUCAUGGAUCCGAAAAUACCUUGGCUUUACCUGGCGAUCGCAUUGCUGUCUCUUGGAUUCUCAAGCGGCCAAAAGGCAAAGUGUGACAAGAGGCCUACGCUGACGGGACCUUGUAAGAAUUACAAAGCCAGGUGGUACUACUCCAGCAGCCUCAAGGAGUGCGUCAUGUUCCACUGGGGUGGUUGCAACAGAACGGAGAAUUUCUUCGACAGGGGAGUCGACUGCGAAACACUGUGCAUGGGCUUGGGCGAGGUAAAGAACACAGAGUAAAUCGAAAGUGCAACUUCUGCCCUGCCAAACUAAUCAAAAGUAAUCAAGGCAAAAAAGGAAAUAAUCUACAAUGAAAAUUCUUUGUGGGGUGAUCUAUGUUUUGGUUUUUUUUGUGGCUAGGUUCUGGGCGUACAAUGCGCGGAAUUGCGAUGAUGUGCCCAGUCAAACUGGACCCUGCAAGGCAUCGUUCCAAAUGUGGCACUUCAUCAAGGAGCGGUUGAGGUGCGAGUCCUUCACCUUCGGAGGAUGCUUCAGCACGCAAAAUAUAUUCGAACUGGAGGCGGAGUGCCAAGAGCAAUGCCUGAGCUAAGGCCAAAUUGUCUAUAGAUAGACAUUUAAUGGCCUUUGAGGACGACCAUCUAUUGUGUUCCUAAAAAUAAAACUUUCCAUCUACUGUUAAGUUUCUGGCACUGAAACAAAAUAAAUAAACAAAAUGAAAAGUAAA